AUGGCACUGGAGAGGAGGAAGGAUCCAGAGGGGCUAACGGAGCAGUUGAUGGAGGAAAGAGAGAACUGGAGAGGAGAAAAGAAAGCUCACAACUUGUCAAGAGUAAAACAAAGAAGGCCACAAACUGUACGGCCAAAAAAUGGCAGCAGAGUUGGUCGCCAGGCUGUCAGGAGAAAGAAAAUGAAAAAGAAUCCAGGCCGUUCUGCCAAGACCAGGGUUCCGAAAAGGUGCAGAAAUAAAAAUGCAGGUUUCAGUGCUGAGCUGCUUCCCGUGACAUGUGGUAACGUGAAGGGAACAUUACACAAGGAUAAAUUCAAGCAAGGGAUCUUCGUGAAGUCCAUACAGAGUGAAGCUGGGGGCUGGUACACACCCACUGAGUUUGAAAACUUGGGAGGCCAUGGACGAUCAAAGAACUGGAAAUUGAGUGUGCGCUGCUACAAGCGGCCCCUGAAAUUCCUGAUCCAGAAAAAAUUUCUCCCCAAUUUUCCACAAACUUAUGGCAAGAGAAAAAAGGUGAGACUUCUUUCUUCCCAGAAUUCUGUUCUCAUUGACCCACCUGUACUUCCUAACUCAGAUGAAUGCGAGGUGUGCCAGAAUGUAGGGUUGCUCUUCUGCUGUGACACUUGCCCCAGAGCCUUCCAUGAGGAGUGUCACAUCCCUGCGGUGGAGGCUGAGAAGACACCAUGGAGUUGCAUCUUCUGCAGGAUGCAGUCCUUAGGAAGCCAACAGACUCAUCCGGAAUCUGAGGUACUACAGAGGCAGAUGGCGCCCCAGGAGCAGUUGAAGUGUGAAUUUGUCCUCUUGAGAGUCUACUGCUGUUCUGAGAGUUCCUUUUUCUCCAAGAUGCCAUAUUAUUAUUAUUUUAGAGAGACAUCUGUGGGUAUAAUGGAACCUAUGUGGUUGAACUUGAUCAAGAAAAAGCUUAAAGGGAGAAAAUACUCGCACGUGAAAGAGUUUGUGCAAGACAUGAGGCUCAUCUUCCAGAACCACAGGACCACGUUCAAGGACCAUAACUUUGGCCAAAUGGGACUUAGACUGGAGUCUGAGUUUGAGAAGAAUUUCAAGGAAGUGUUUGCUAUUCAGGACACAAAUGAAAACAGUUGACUGAUGUCACAGAUGUUGCUGGUGUCCUGGCACCAUGUCCUUUUCCUGCCAGGUCUUCCUAUCUGUAGCAGUGAACAUUCUUUUCCGAUGCCAUCAUCUCCAGGGGAUUCUCUGGGUCACAUGGGGUCAGCUGCAAAUGGGAGUCACACCUCCUGGUCUUGUGGUCCACCCCCCCUGCCUCCAGCGGGAACAAAGGGUAUG